GUUCCUUGUACUUCAAAGGCUGCGGAAAUGCGAAUGUCAAUCACACAUCGGUAAGCUUAAACUUCAAAUAUUCAUCAGUAGUACCACGAGUGCAUCAGCCGUCAAUGAGCUUGCGCGUAGUAGUCUUCGCUGGUUGCGGAAAGUGGAUUAUCUCGUCGCCCUGCCAUAUCCUCUGACACCGUCUACCCCUCUCCUCGCUACAGCGUACGAAUAACCAAUGUGGAAUAAUUGCCUAUCUUGAUUUGCUUGGGAACAUGAAAUGGAACAAAGAAGGUUAUAUGUCAUAUAUAAGGCACGAACAGAAUGGCCGAAUGCCGAAUCCGAAACACAUCCCUUUCACUCAAAGGGAGGCUAUUUCACACAUCAUACACACGUAACAACAAAUUCCAUUCUGUAAUCUCCGCUUCUAGCUUGAGCGGCAUGACCAUUAAACCGUUCUCUCUGAUGGCCUGAUCAGGACUCGGAAAGGCAAUCCUUGAUGAAGGAUCAACUCUGUCUUGUUCAGACACGUCAGACCGCUGUGGAAGGGAUAAUCCUUUGUCCUCACCCACACUCCGAUUGUAAUGAAGAAGGUGUGAAGGAGGAUGUCUCGGAUAUCGACAUGUGAUCAUUGGCCUGGGAACACUUUGGAUCGAUAAUUUCGGUGGUAUAUAACAUUGAGAUGGGGCCGCUCCUAUCAUUGGCUUUUAACCAGAUCAACCUACUACUGUGGCGAACGUUAGCUAUACGCGAGCACUUACGUUACAGCUAACCACCUGUAAUACACGUCUCUUCGCGCUGGGGACCUAAUCCGAUUGGCAACCUGUAAAAGAUGACAACACCAGCAGCCAUGGCCUUCUCGGCCCUUACCUCUCUCACCGGUUUACUAUUCAUCUUCUGGCACACAUGGCACUACGACCGCUGGAGGUGUCUUCUUUACAGCAAGGACAACUGGUUCCGAGCAAUGAUGUGCCAUAUUCUCUUACUCUCAGUAGCAGGUCUACAAGUCUAUACAUGGAUUGAUGUACAUGUCCUAUACUCAGAGUACUGGAUUUACUACCCCGCUCUUGAAAAGACUAUCGUCACUCCUUACCAGCUUUACAGCAAAACCCAUUACAAUCUUUUUAAGACUAGUCUGUACUUCAUCACGGUUGCUUGGGGUUUUUUACAGGGUGUCCAUCUUGAGGAGUUCUUGUAUUGGGGUUACCUGAUCAAAUCCAUAAAUACGCCUGGAGGACCUCAAACAUCCUGGCUGCGCUCCGGCUUCUUCAAGGCUUGGAUCGGCCUCUUCAUUUGCUCCUUUGCUCUCUUAAUCGCCUCUGUGCAUAUCGAGAACACCAACCUUGACAUGAUCAGGGCAUAUCUUUUCUGCGUUGGUUCGAGCUUGAGUAUCUUGCUAGCUUUUGCCUCUGUCGGCCUGUGUCUCAUUUUCCCUUCCUUCCUCAAAAACGUCCGUCGCCAAGGCGCCAACGCCGAGGUGCUCGAAAGACUGCAUUUCUUUUCAGAGAUGAACGAGAUUCGUACUGCUUGUCGUCUCGUCUACAGCAUUUGUUUCUUGAUCAUUUCAGCCGACGCAUUUACCGCAGAGCAGAGGGUGAACAAAAGUCCUUUCUGGUCAGACACCCUGUAUCUCAGUGGUCAGCUCGGAUUGUUCUGUGCUACCUGUCUUUCCGUUGUUGUCCUUCUCCCCCGAAACAUGACAUCCGAAUCUCUUCCCACCGGUAAUCAAGACGUCCAACCCAUUGUCCCCUACAACAGACCUCCUCCCGAAGGUUACUCCGCCAAGCAAUUCAUGGAACUCGGCGAACGUCUCAACAUUGGUGAUGAAUCCAAAGCCAUAGGUCUCAUGACCAAUCCCCGUGGGUUCGAGAUGCAAGUUUCCCCUCCCAGCGACAAUCACGACGAUUCCAGUUCUGGCUAUUCUGGCAGGACAAAAGUCAAUGCGCCUUUCGCAGAGGUAGCUGAUAAGACAAAGAUUGCCAGAUUGAGCGACCUGUCGGGUCUGCCGAGCGUGGUGCAAAGGUUCAAAAGUCCGUUCGAGACUGCCGAACACAAGAUCAAGGGGCCGACGCAGGUGUUUGUCACUACAAGCCACACGAUCGCGGAGUAAUAGUUGUUGAACAUGUGUUGUUUUUGUGUUGUUGUUUUUUUCGGCUGGCAUCUGUUUGGGUUAUUUAUUUCUCCGUCUCAGCGUACAUCUUGGAGCUCGUUAGCAACGUGUAUUAGAGAAUGUUACAUGCAG